AUGUCGUCUCCCGUCAUACUUCUCCCAGGCGAUCAUGUGCCGUCGGAUCAGCUGUCUUCCAAUAAGUCGGGUCCCCUGAGAUUAGGCCCUGGUCUUCGAUUACUGUCCGCCGCACCACCUACAACAUCCGGACCCAGCGCUUCGUCACCUGGGCAUGUUCUUGCUGCCACUCAAGCCGGAAUUCUCUCCAUCGAUCACAAGAAAAAUGCUGUUUCCAUUCUCUCAUUCCCCAACGGCAGAUAUAUCCCAACACCAAACGAUCUAGUGAUCGCACAAGUACACCAUUCGAGCGUGGACUACUUCUACUGCAUGAUUACACCCCAGUCACCUCAUGCGGUACUUGGACAGCUCGCUUUUGAGGGUGCAACGAAAAAGACGCGGCCAAUGCUAAAACAGGGCGACUUGGUUUAUGCGCGGGUGCUGUCCAUGGGUCUCGGCGCCGGCGCAGAAGUCGAGCUUACAUGUGUGAACCCAGCAACCGGCAAGGCCGAACCUGGGGGAUUGGGUCCAUUGACAGGGGGAAUGGUGUUUGAUAUUUCCACCGGUAUGGCUGCGAGGCUGAUGAGAGCAAGCUCAUCCACUGCCGAGCAGCAAGAUGGUGUGGCCGGGCUCGUGGUCCUGGAAGAGUUGGGCAAGAAAUUGGAGAAGGUUGGAGGGUUUGAGAUUGCCGUGGGAAGGAAUGGCAAGGUUUGGGUUGACUGCUCGAACGGCGGAGAUGCUGCUGUCAAGGCGACAGUCGCAAUCGGACAGUGCUUGACCACGAUCGAUGAGCACAACCUCGAUACAAACGAUCAACGGAAAUUGGUGACGAGAAUUUUACGAGAAAUGAAGAUUGAUUCUUAA